AUGGUCCAGGGCGGCGGAACUAGAUCUGAUUUCACGAGAGACCCGUGUCCCUGGCGGCUGGUUGAAGAUAUGGGCGGCGCUUAUGCGCUUGGAUUGACCGGUGGAACUGUUUGGAACUCUGGAAAGUCCAUUUGGAGGCGAGAGUUUCGAAAAAUGGGCCGUGUUGUUCGACAAAAUGCGCCUAAAACUGGAGCUGCUUUUGCCGCUUGGGGCUUUUGCUUUUCUAUGUGUGACUGUACCUUGAUCGCUAUCAGACGUCGGGAAGAUAUGAUGAACAGCGUAAUCGCCGGAGGAACGACUGGUUUCGUCCUGGCCGCUCGACAGGGCAUUCCCGUAGCGAUGGUGUCCGGAGCGAUCGGAGCCCUUCUUCUUGCGCUGAUUGAGGGAGGCGCUUUGGUUAUGAACCGAUUUGGAACUGAAAUGCUCAAGCAACGGAUUUUCAUUACUUAG